AGACCUAACAAGGAAAUCGAACACCGUGUUUACAUUUGCGCGAGGAUUCGACGCAAAGAAAUUGAUCUUCGGGAGUGAGGGGAGUGAGGGAGCCGAAGAGAGGACGGGCGCAAAGAGAGAAAAGGAGAGAAGAAGACGGAAAAGUCUUCCUGUGAACAAUUUAUUACGACAGUCAGAAAAUGUUGAAUUUGAUAUUUGAGGAGCAGGGGAAGAACACUGGCGGAUACGUGUUAGGGAUGGACAAAAACUGUUAAUAGUUUUCAAGAUAAGCAGUUCAGAAGGCCAUUCAAUAUGGGGACAAGAGCAGCAGCAUUUACUGCCAAGAUACGGAAUCUCAAUGAUUUCCAUACGCGCCUUCUCCAUGGGGUAGUUCCAGCUCCUUCCGGGCUGGACAUUGCAAAUACUUUGAAGUACUUCUCACAGACGCUACUAGGUGUACUACGAGAAAUACAGGAACGUCCUGUGGAUAUGCUUCGACAUCGAGAUCAAGAUACAAUUCGUCUUGCACUUUUUCCUAACUUAGACUAUGCAGGCUUACACCAGUCUAUUGUGGCAUUAGUUGAUAUAAUGCCUCUUAUACAGUAUGGCACUCAAGCUUUUGGCCAAGCAAUGCUAAAUACGUUGGCCUGUUUGGUGUUAUUCCUGGAACGCAAAGUGAUUGAUACAUUACCAUAUCUUGUUGCAUCGAUGAUGACCUCCAUUCCUGAGUCUCUCCACCAACAGCUCAUCACCAUCCUUUGCUAUCAUAUUUUACCUGUCACAGUUGGUGCUCCGGCUGUCGAGGGUGAGGAAGAAAACUAUGCUGCAGCAUCUGUUCCGGCAGUUUUGAUGAUGAUCUUUCAGUACACAGAUAAUUCAGCAUACCACUGUCAGCUCCUUGAGUGUCUUAUGUCACUCAAGUCUGACAUUGCAAAGGACUUGCUUUGUGUGAUUGCAUAUGGGACUCCGACGUCUAGGUCUCCAGCUGCAAACCUCCUCUUCUAUUAUUGGCCAAGUCUAAAUCCAACCCUUUAUGACAGAAGGGGCAUACAUAUAAAAUUUAGUGGAUGGAAACCUCUCCUGUGCCAAAUAGAGGAAUGUGAUGGAGAUGGAACAUCAGAGGCUGUUAAAGUUUGCUUUGAUCAUGCUGUGUGCUUGGGGGCUUGUCCUGAAAAUCCUCCUCCAUUAUUCCUGUGCAUUGACUGUGCUGAAGAAAUUAGGAGAGAGCACAGUACGGUUGAGUUCUUUGAUAUACUUAUGCCAAUGGCUCAAGUAUCUGCCACUUGUGAAAAUAAGGUAAAGCAAAUAUUUUUUUUUGUAUGGAAAAUGCUAUAUUAUUGUGACAUUGUCUUUUGUUAUACCUAA